AUGGGAGAGGGGGCCGUGAGGCUACGAGUACUAGCGUUAAAGCCGAUCGCACCAUCGUGUGAGCCGGGAGGCUUCGCUAGGCACGUUGGCACACUACUAGUCGUGAGGACUGCAGAGAUUGGCACUAAGGCCGAUGGCACUAACAUACAAGGCGGGAGGCUUGCUAGGUACCCUAGUACAUUGUUAGGCUAUCGAUGGACAAUGAGUGUGAAGGGCUAUUAUGAAGCUGCAAUGAAGAAGGCUGGUGGUGUGGGCUAUUGCGAGGCUAUGACGAGUAAGGUCGGUGGGCAAUGGUUGCGCAAAGGGGUUGCCGCGAGGGGAGUAGAGUUGGUAUGGGAUGAGAAAGGCUUAUAUUAUAGUGAAGAAAAAGUCAGCUAG